AUCUACCGCUUUCCCCCACAUCACAGGGCCGAUACUCUCCCAUAGGAACGGAUCCAUUCUACUCUCAUCAUGCCGCUCUGCCGGGCUCCUCACUUUUCAAUUAUGUUCGUCCGCGAUAUCAUGACGAUAGUUAUAGACGACAAGAUGAAAGAGCACACUCUCCUCCUCGCUACUCCCUUCUUACAACUUUCUGUGGCAGUCCACUGUACGCUUCUCCAGAGAUCAUCAAUGGCACCCCUUAUAAAGGCCCUGAGGUCGAUUGUUGGUCGCUGGGUAUUCUUCUCUACACACUCGUCUACGGUUCGAUGCCAUUCGAUGGACGGGAUUUCAACCGGAUGGUCCGACAAAUCAAGCGCGGCGCUUACUACGAACCGGACACUCCAUCAACAGCAUCGAUGCUGAUUCGCAACAUGUUGCGAGUGAAUCCGGAACGUCGUGCUGACAUCUUUGACAUCGCCAGCCAUUGGUGGUUGAAUCUCGAGGAGAAUAUGCCUGUCAUUCAAGAACUGCCAGAAAAUCAGAUAACCGACCUUACUCCACUGACGGAAAGAGCCGAGACCAUGGUUGUCCAGAGCGAUAACAAGUUUUCGUCUGGUAAGGCCACUGCAGUAUUCGAAAAUAAGCAAAAGGUAAGGAAAGCAACUCCCGCUAAGAAGCAACACGAUGUAAUUGGCUCGAACCUUACCGGAGUUUCUACAUCUUAG